GCGGCUGAAAAGCAUUCGACCUGGACUGCGUUCCAGGAGAAUUGGAGCGAAAACGGGUUAGCCCCUUUCCCCUCUGCGCGCUCUCUAAAAUCUCCUCUUCCGUAGAUUAGGGCAUUUAGCCAUGAAAUGUUGCUGUGUGACAAAAUGAGCUAGUUUGAGACACUCGCUUCAGUCACUGCGGUGGGAGAACGCUUACAUAAUAAGCUACUGUAUCCCCCCUUCGCUCGUCUGCCGGGAAAAUGAAGUGCAACCCCGGCUUGCUUCAGGUGCAUGCUGCAUCCAGUGGGAAUUUCUUCUUCUUUUCAGUCUCAAACGUUGGCCACCCCAAUGCAUCACUUCACUUCGUUACGAUCCCAGUUUACCACUUCUGACAUGGACUAUGAGCGGCCAAACGUUGAGACCAUCAAGUGCGUAGUAGUGGGGGACAACGCGGUGGGCAAGACCCGACUGAUCUGUGCCCGCGCCUGCAAUGCCACCCUGACCCAGUACCAGCUGCUCGCCACUCAUGUGCCCACUGUCUGGGCCAUCGACCAGUACAGAGUGUGCCAGGAGGUGCUGGAACGUUCCCGAGAUGUGGUGGACGAUGUCAGUGUCUCCCUGCGUCUGUGGGACACCUUCGGAGACCACCACAAAGACAGGCGCUUUGCCUAUGGAAGGUCCGAUGUGGUGGUCCUGUGCUUCUCCAUAGCCAACCCCAACUCCCUGUUCCACGUGAAGACCAUGUGGUACCCAGAGAUUAAGCAUUUCUGUCCCCGAGCCCCUGUCAUCUUGGUGGGCUGUCAGCUGGACCUGCGCUACGCUGAUCUAGAGGCAGUCAACAGAGCUCGGCGACCUCUUGCAAGACCAAUCAAGUCCAACGAGAUCCUGGCUCCAGAGAAGGGGCGCGAGGUCGCCAAAGAGCUGGGGGUGCCGUACUACGAGACCAGCGUGGUGGCCCAGUUCGGCGUGAAGGACGUGUUCGACAACGCCAUCCGAGCAGCGCUCAUCUCACGGCGCCACCUGCAGUUCUGGAAGUCACAUCUCCGCAACGUGCAAAGGCCCCUCCUGCAGGCUCCUUUCCUGCCCCCCAAGCCCCCGCCGCCCCUCAUCACCAUCCCGCUGCCCCCCUCCACCCCAGACGAGCACCCCGCCCGGCUCCUGGAGGACCCGCUGUGCGCCGACGUGGUGCUGGUGCUGCAGGAGCAGCAGCGGAUAUUCGCUCACAAGGUGUACCUGGCCACGGCCUCCUCCAAGUUCUACGACCUGUUCCUGGCGGACGUGCGAGCGGGGGAGGCGGCGGAGGGCUCUGGUGGCCAGCAGCCAACCGGCCGAGAGCCACCGGCCAGAGCGGCCAGCUUUGACGCGUGCGAGAGCGGGGAGGAGGCGGGUGUCGGUGGCCGCGGUGGUCUCCGGGCCUGCAUCAGCGACGGCACCCUGAUCGGCGGAGAAUCGGACCAGGGGGACCAGGAUGCGGCGGGCGGACACUCGGGCCGCCUGCCGUCCUCCUGGGGGCGGGCCUUUGUGCGCAUCCAGAGGGAGUUGGUGGACGACCCCGUCACUCACCUGUCUCGGCCAAUGACGGUGGUGUGGAUGGACCCGUCGGUGCUGACCGGCCCGUUCCGGGUGGUGCUGCGCUACCUGUACACGGGCCAGCUGGACGAGCACGAGCGCGACCUCAUGCACAUCGCCCACAUCGCCGAGCUGCUGGAGGUCUUCGACCUGCGUAUGAUGGUGGCUAAUAUACUCAAUAACGAAGCCUUCAUGAACCAGGAGAUCACCAAGGCUUUCCACGUCAGGCGGACCAAUCGCGUCAAGGAGUGCCUGGCCAAAGGGACCUUCUCAGACGUGGUAUUCAAGCUGGAUGACGGGACUGUGCAGGCACACAAGCCGCUACUCAUCUCCAGCUGUGAUUGGAUGGCCGCUAUGUUUGGGGGCCCUUUCGUGGAGAGCUGCACCAAAGAGGUGCUGUUCCCCAACACCACGCGCAGCAGCAUGCAGGCGGUGCUGGAGUACCUGUACACCGGGCGCUUCUGCUCCAGACCCGACCUGGACGCCCUGGAGCUCAUCGUCCUGGCCAACCGCCUCUGCCUGCCGCACCUGGUGGCCCUCACAGAGCUCUACACGGUGACGGUCCUGAAAGAGGCUGCCUCCAUGGGAGCGGACAUCGAUGGGGACGUCCUGCUCUACCUGGAGAUGGCCCAGUUCCAUUGUGCCUACCAGCUCACCAACUGGUGCCUUCACCAUAUCUGCACCAACUAUAACAAUGUGUGCCGCAAGUUCCCCCGGGACAUGAGGGCAAAAUCAGCAGAAAAUCUGGACUAUUUCGAGAAGCACCGCUGGCCGCCGGUCUGGUACCUGAAGGAAGACGACCACUACCAGAGAGCCAGGAAGGAGCGGGAGAAGGAGGACUACCUCUACCAGAGACGGCAGAGCAAGCGCAAGUGGGCCCUGUGGAACAUGUCCUCCUCGCCCAACAGCCCCUCCUCGUCCUCCUCCUCGCCCCUUCUAGACGAGUAACGAGAACCAAGGAUUGAGGAGAUGAGGCAGAGAGAGUAGAGAGAGAGAGGUUCCAUUGGGCCAUUGUUUCCGGGUUCUAUUAUUGGGGGGGAAAUCCCCCUUUAGGC